GUCUCCAGGACCCGGCGAAAACCCAUCGCAGUACGUGAACGCAUACCGCGGCUCAUAAUAUUUUACGUCGCACAGGUACCCGGGCGCGCGUCACGUCACACCGGCACGGCACUCGAACGGCGCGGGCACCCGUAAUAUUGUUUGUUAUUGUUAUUAAUAUCGUUAUCAUUGCAUUUCAUUCCUAUUGUUUUUGUUCGGCUCUUUCACCCUCGCCGCACCGCGCGUAUCGUUGUCGUUUUUCGCGUUAUCAGUACGCGGACGGGGCGCAAUGCGGUAGUUGGUCGUACGACAUCCGCGUACAUUCACUGUCAAUCAAUCGGCGCGGUGAUUGCCCGGAGAACGCCGUCCCCUGCCGCCCCGUUAAGCAUUCCGCGUACACUAUACAGUCGCGUACACGCCGACCGAAUAAUAUUAAUUCCGUUUACCGCAGUCCUCGGAAUAGCCAGCGAUGGACGGUAAAAUAGCGUCGGUUUUCGAAAAAUACUUUUCGCCGUCGCCGCUGGUGAACCAAAUACGGAAUUUUGUCGUGAGUAACAUUAUUUAUUUAUUUUUUUUUCGCAAUAAUUACAAUUUGAACAACCAUUAUGACAAUUACUAUACGGACGCGUUUUUUUUCGUUUUUUUUUUCGCGUACAAUGUGCAGGACGAUUCUUUUGUCACCGUGUGUAAUAUUGCAAAUGCUCGACGAUUAUUGGCCAAGAACUCGAGCGAUUUCCGGGGAGGGGGGGGGUUUCUAGGCAUUACAAUAAUAUUGAACAUCACGCGAUCGUAUGUUUUUGUUAAUGUUUUCCAUCCGGUCGUGAUUUCACUUUUAUUUUCGAUUUUCAACCGCCGGUCCGUAAUAAAAAAAAAAACAUAUAUAGCCACCAUACUCGCGCAAAUCGUUGGUGGGACGGAUUAAAGGGCUUAUUCUCUCUAGAACCCAGUCGAGCCUAUCCCCUACCCUAAAAUCAAAUAAUUACUAUAAGAACUCAAUCAAUAUAUUAAGCUCCCGGGAUUCAAAAUUAUAAAUAUAUAAAUAUUCGCGCCAACAACGUGGAACUACACCAUGUAUACAUGUGACCGAAGUUCGGUUAAGUCCGUAACGACAAUUGAGUUGUUAUCCUAAACACGUCGUCGAUUACGAUAUUUCGAACAAAAAUACAGCAAAUCCCUACUACUCAUUUCGAUCGGUUCAAUUUGUACAUACUGAAGUGUACGAAGACUGGCGAAACGAAUGUAUUUUUUUUUUUUUUAUAAAUAUUUGGUAAAAAGCUUCAACUACAAAAACUUUUAGUCCAACGAAUAUUUUGUUUUGGGUUAAUGCGUAGGCACCAUGUACACGGGUACUCGGGGGCUUGAACACUAGUCGGAAGAUUUUCAGUGUGCAAAACUCGCGUUAUAGACAUUAAUAGACCAGAUGGUUUAGAAUAAGGACGUAAUAAUAUAAAUUAACUAUAAUUAUAAUUCUUUUUUAGGUUUUUGGAAAAAAUUCGAUACAACUUGUACGAAACCUGUAAUGUUUUUAAGUAUCGACGCUAUCGUUACGGUUAAAAAAAAUCGUUUUUAAAAAGACCGUAAUUUUAUCACUGAGGUUGUAACCUGAUUUGUAACUACAUAUACCACAGUUUUCAUUGCAAAUGAUUAUACUAUCAUAUGCUAUAUGUAUUAACAUAGUGAAAUACACAAUUUUUUUUUCUCGAGGUAUAAUAGGUGUUCAAGUUCAUGACACUCGAGGCACCCGUUCCAAUUUUUAAAACCGGCAAGCGUCUAUGGUUUAGCAGAAGUGACUUACCACGGGCGACUUACCGAUUUACCAUAGGCGACAUUUCAGGAGGAAGCAAAAUAAAAAAAAAACCGUUUUCGGAAUAUACGGCUAAAUGAGGUUUAAAAUUAUUAGUUCGUAUUAUUUAUUGAAGGGGGGCAAGGGGCCCGUCAAUUCCGUUCGAAAUUACAUCCUGAAAAACAAACCUUACACAUUUCGACUUACAGUCGACUUACAAUAAUAUUAUCAUCGUAAUAGUUACGAAACGCUGGUGCUAUAUUAAAAAUAACACGUAUACAAGAGCAAACGCGGAUAUUACAUCUAUUUUUUUUUUCAUUUAUUAUUAUUAUUAUUAUUUUUUUUUUUGGCACUCAUAUGUUUAAUUACGUAACGGAUUUUGCCGCGACAGGUUUGGAUUCUAUUCUAAAAGCGCCUUUUCGUAUUCGGGUCUAGGUCGGUUUCGUGAUCCGCAACAAUGUCACGUUGUUGAAAUGAUUUCUGUUUUUUUUUUUCAACGAAUCGACGAACACCUAUAUUAUAGAUAGGUCGUCGACAUUUCUCGAUCAUUUCACGUACAGAUCGCGAACCGUAUUCGUUCUUUGUGUUCGUGGCUCUUUACGAAUUGUUUAACGUUUACCAUUAACAAGUCCGAACGAUUCUUUAUGAAUAAUUGCUCGACCGACAUGACCUGAGCCGGCCGAAUACAAUGAAAAUCGGUCGUAUUCAAACUCAAAUUAAAUCGUUUAGAACAUUAUAAUUUUCAUUAACCCCAGUCAAACUAUAAAGAGGUUUUCCUUUUCUUGCGAACGGAGCAUGUCUUCGAAAACAAAAACACGGGUCACAAAAAGUCAAGGGGGGGGAGAAUAUUCGUAUUGCACAGUAGUUUAAUAUACAUUCUAGAAUUUCGGAUUUUUCGUUAAUUUUACAGAGAAAACAAGGUAAAAACUAUAUUUCCUUAAACCAUCGGGUACCGGAGUACCUAUAUGCAUAUAUUAAACGCUUGCGACUUUUCUUUUCAUAUUUUUACGUAAAUGCGCGGUUUUAGUCUAAAAUUUUCGGGCGGGUUCAUUAAGCAUAAUAUAUAAAUCAAUACUUAACAGAACCGCGCCGCAUAUUAUAAUGUAUAGAACGAUUUAUAGUGGUGAUAGUAUUGUACCAAGAGCCCAAGUGUUUUUAAAAGGAGAACGCGAAUUUAGACAGUCUAUAUGUACGUACUUACCUACAUAUGAGGUGUUUAAAUUUAUCGAUUAGACCACGGUAAACGGUUGGAAGUAAAUUAGUAAUCCGUCGAAAAUAUAAAUAAUUCUAUUCGCGUCCGGGUACCUAUAUAGAGAGUGGGCAUUUUUUUUUUUUUUAGGUUUUCCGUUUGCACAGUCAAGUCCGUCGAACACCCAACACCCAGUAGUAUAAUAGAUUUUGCUUACUGUGCAUCUUUUAUCUGGAAAAUAAACUUUACAUGACCGAACCAUUCGAUUUUGUACCAAAAUAUUUUAUUUCCCGACAGGAAAACACUCGCUGCUGGUUAAGGUUACCAGAAAAAGUCCAAAAGUCAAGGGUAAGGUUCGGUUAAUGUUUGCUUGCGGAACUUUCAUCAAACAAUAAAAUUCCCAGUUAAGUGUGUAAUAAUGUAGAAAUUCGAAUAUUGACUCUUAUUACACCGCUCGAAAAUAAGAACACUUCGUGAGACACUCGACGUAGAUUGGUACCUAUAACCCACCUAUAAUAUCCUACAUACAAACAGACUGAGAUAAGAAUUCAAUUUUUCCGCGGUAAAAACAAUACGCCGUAAGCAUCUAUGUUUUUCGAGUGUCUAUACACAAUUCGAAUGAUAAAACAAAUAUACGGGGUGGAUUUUUUCACCGAAAACACUUACUGCAGUUAACUGCACGGUAGUGUUGUUAUUAUACUGUUGAACAUUUACGGCGUUUUAUUAUGUGUGUUUAUGGUUUCAUAUGAAAUUGUAUUUAUUUUCGAAUUUUUAUUAUAUUUAUACAGCGAACCACGCCUAGUACAUUUUUCGUGAGACGGUAUAGGUAAUAAAAAUUAAUACAUAUUUCGGAAUCGUAUUAUGUUUUACGUUUAAAUCAAUCGCCCUGUACGCGUAUACGAAAUUUUGUUUCGACAACCACACUGGAUAUCAAAUAAACAUUAAACUAUCAUUAUACCCGACGGUUAUACGACGAAAGCAGUUCUGAAGACAAGUCACCGUGAUAUUUAAGAAUAUCAAAUGCCUUUGAAUAUUUGUUUUAAUACGAAAAUAAAAAUACGUAUUUUUUCAGAAUCAUAUAUUAUAAUGCAUAUAUUGUAGAUACGUAUUAUAGUGACGUGGUGAACUCGACAUUUUUGAGAUGCAAAUAUUUCGUUGGACCAUAUCCAUUUCACUUUAUUCAACUAAAGGAAAUUCCACUCUUUGAAUAUGUUUGAAGACCAUAGAAACAAAUAAGUUGAAACUCAAAGCUUAUCUCUUUUCUGGAUCCAUACACGAUAAUAACCCCUCUGAAAAUGUAUAAAAUGUUUACAUCCCACUGUUUCGGCCAAAAAUAAUAAUCUCAUCGUGAAUCGUUUUGGUUUUGGCUCCCUCAAACCGCGUGUGUGGUUUAAACGGUAAACACUGAACAAUGAAGUGAACACAUAUUAUUUAUUAUUAUUGUUGUUGCUAUAAAAUCAAUAAUCAAUCAUUUUGUAAUUCAUAAUAAUUUUUAUAAUUAUUCAAUUUUUAUGUCGAAUAUUAUUUAAGCACCUACCACCAUAUUUUUUGAAAAUCUCCUAGGCAGUUACUUUUAAAUAAGUGUUCGCCAUGCCACUGGAUAUGAAUGACAACGACAUAAUUAGUACAAAUAGUGGACAUAUAAUUAUUAGCCUAUAUUUUUUGAAAACCGUUCAGCAGAGCAAAAAACUUCUCGGACUGCUUUGUGAACCACAUAUUCUUUUUGAAUCCGUUUACAUCCGAUGCCUAUUCGAUAUAUUUUUACCUUGAAUAUUAUACACCUGGAAUUCUCAUUUUCGCCGAACGCAACUGGACACACGAUCGAUUAUUAUACAGUAGAUUAUGAGUGUAGUCUUAAAGCACCAUCGAGUGGCACCGUAUUUAUCUCAAAACCGACAAAAAAAAAUGAUCUACUACUUUUCACCCUCUGUGCCAUCCGUAUAUAAAUUAUAUUUUCUACAGGAAUAGUUUCUCGUUGGAAAUAAGAGUAUCGGAUAUAGGUCUUAUUUUAAACCAAACUAUACACUCGUGCUUGUGAAAUACGCUUUCGGAUUUAAGAAAAUCGUUUCUCUAACAAAUACCUAGGAUUUUCGUUCGAUGUACUUGUACACUGGAAAAAAUAUUAAAUUAUAAAUUGAAAACCGUUGCGAAGUGUUUAAAAUUAGUUUUCUCGUUCAACGCGUGAACAAAAUUAAAUAAUAUUAUCCUAUAUGUAACGUUCUUCCUCUCGAAACACGAAAAGUCACGUCAAAACGAAAAACCCAUUUUUGAAUGUUCCGACGUCAAUCGUUUACAUUUGACUCUGACAGUCAAAUGUACGGUUUUGCAACAGAAAAAGUUCCUCUCUCUGCGUUAUAGUCGAACGUGUUGGUGCGUAUAAUUUGUUUUUGUCUUUUUUUUUCAAACCAUAUGUGUAUAUAAUAUAUAUUUUUUUUUUCACAUUCGUUUUAUCGUGUUACUUUUUACGUUUGAGCGAUAUCACUGCAGAGACUCGUUCGAUAUUGCGCAAAGUAUUUUCUCGCGAUUUACUUAUUACAUUACUAUAAAUGAAGGGUAAGGAAUGAGAAACGUAGAAGUCCAUUUAUGAACACUGUUCAGCAGAGCGAAAUUCCUUCCCCUAUAUGCACUACAAUCUCUUUAUUUACCCGGUAAAAUCUAUACAUCAAAUAGUUGUCUUCAAUAUUAUCCGACUGAAACAUUUUUUCACCGAAUGGAUAUCAACGUUUGAAAAUAGUCUCAAAAAACUCCAUCGGACGGUAUACUAUUAUCUCAAUAUCGAAACAAAUUUCUUCUCCAUUUUCCCCCGCGCUCUUUAAAUAAUGAUCAAUAAUCUUACUGCAACAUUACGUCAAUAUUUAUUUGUAAUAAAAGUGACUUUUCAAUGAAAAUAACGCGUAACUUCUAAAAAUAUAUGUAUUCGUGGUAAAAUUAUACUAAAAUAUGAUAAUUACUACUACUUCACGCUUUAAAAAAAAAAGGUUAUCGUUUUUUUAACUUAUAACUUAUAAGUUUUCAAUAAGCUUUCGCGUUCUAGUCUUCCAGUCUGAACAAUGUAGCGCGUGUAUAACAAUAAUUUCAACACAAACAAUCAAGUGCGCGUAGCUUGUAAGAAAACAAAAACUUAAACAAAUGAAUUAAUUUUUUUGCGUUAUCGUCAUUGAAACACCGUCGAAUAACCAAUAAUGCAUAAUUAAAGUUCCCAAAAGUAUAGAUAGUAAAUCGUAUAAAUAUAAACACCGUAUUAUUAUAUUAUAUUGUUCUACAUCGAGUUGGUCGAUAAUAUGCAUGAUGAUUAUAUACGUGUCGAAACUCGCGUUGAACUCGCGAGUUUCAAAACAGCCGUGAAAAUGUCAUCGUAAAACAUCGGUGACACGGUAAUGAGAAUGUUAUAUAAUUUUGUUCGAAACAAGGUUCAAUGUGUAUUAAAUUUUGCAGAAAAAAAAACCGUGUAUACAUUUUUUUUUGUCGGCUUUUUUUUUUAUUACAAUUUUCGCGAUCCACUUAAAAAUUUUCAUUUUGCUCGAUAUUUUUUAUUUUAUUUGAAACAAGCAGUCCCGCUUGGCUUUGCCCGUACAAUGAAAGAGUUUCCAAAUAAAGUUAAUAGAUAAAUUAUCGUAUUACCAUAGAUACCCGCACUGCGGCACAGGGAUCGCACUACGAAUUUUAAUAACAAUUUUUUUUUUUUUCAUUCGUGUUACCGAAGUACUUCACCCAUAAAUCAACAACAAUGGUUUUAAAAAAAAUACACUAAAAAUAGCUAUAACCCGAAUUUCGAUUAAUGUUAUUCAGUAGGGGAUGGAUUUCAAUAGCUUUUAACCUUCUCCAGACAACGUAAAAAAACUUCUUUCUCCUUUCUCCGAGUUUAAAAAUAUUAUCUCACAGGAUUGAGAUGGGAAGGAGGCAAAAUCCAAAGUUCCCAAUUAAAAUUUGUUUGUACUCGUAGUACUUGCAUAGCGUCAGUAAUAUGCGCACUCGUUUUGUAGAACUGCGCGUGAUAUUAUAACCGUAAAAAUGAUUUUUUUUUUACGCCCACACAAACGAGAUCGUUUUUGUUUAAAAUAUUCAUACACUUGCGCAUACUUAUAAUAUCCAUAUAAUAUGUUAAUUUAACGAUGUAUCAAAAUCUAGGGAUUCUAUAAUAAUACACCCACCUACGACCUAGUUUGAAGAAAUGUCGAGGGUUUAAACAAGGGUUACUUAUGAUGAGGUUCCGACACGAACCCAGCGAGUUGGAAAUGACCGAUGACGAAGUAAUACGACCGAACCAAACAGGAAUAUUUAAAUUUACGGUUUUUAUUUCCUUAUCGGGCGGAUAUAUGUGAGAAUAACCGCUGAGUAAAGUGGGGAAAACUUCGACGGGGGACUAUAUUUACCGAAAAUCGAGGGUUGUUUCCGAGAACUAACAAAACCUAACCAAACUUUCAGGAGACCCUUCAGGCAUCACUACUACCUUAAUAAAAAAAAACGUCGUGUAUCACCAGAGAAAGUUUUUGAGAAAGACGUGUUUUUAUAUUUUGCAUUUUCUGAAAUUCUUAACACCUCUUACAUUUUACUUUUUAAUGUGUGAUGCGAAUAAUAUCCAUAAUAUGUAAUUUCACCUGAUAAAUGCCGUGUAAUAGAAAUAAAUAUGGAUAAACAAAUUCUAAAGUAUUCAUCUAACUUUGUAUAUUAUAAAUAUCAAAUAUAUUUAUAAUUCGAAUUAUAUUUUAUAUUAAUAGUAAUUGCAUCGAUUACAAAUAUAUUUUACUCGUAUGACAUUACGAUAAGCAAAAUCACAAUCUAUACUAUUUUACUGUACUUUUUACCUAGUAAAAAUGCAUUUUUCGAAAAUUUACUGCAUUCUGUCAAAACAAAUAUUAAUCAUAGUUUUUUUUUAGGAUAUUAAUUCAGACAUACGGCAUAUUGAUCUAAACGGUCUGAAUUCUAGGAUUUGUUUUAUGUUUUUAAUUAUUUUUUCAUCAAUCGUUUUGGUCUUUGGCAUUUUUUUUUUUACGAGGGCAACCUAUUUGCAUACGUUUAUUCAAAGAAAAUAAAGUAAAACAGAGUCUGUAUAACGGAAUAGAUCUUCAAAAAUGUAUUUUUAAUAAAACUAACUCGAUUUUCAACAAACGGAGACGACACCGAAAACUCUACAGUAAUUAAUGUUCGCCAUGUUUUCCGGGACCGAUUCUGCGGCUUACAAUUAUGCACUGUGACCCUAAAUUCGUACUGUAUUAUUAUAGUAAUAACGAUGUUGGGUCGCGACUUGAAUUUCAAAAGUACUCAAAAGGCUAUAAUAUUAUUAAGUAUAACGCGUAGUUACUGCGUGAUAGUCUAAAUAACAAAGUAUUUACCACUGUAACAAUUUGAACAAAACAAAACCUAACCCGGCAACUCGUUAAAAGUCCAAUGAAAACUACAGUUUUACAUACUAUACGGUAUAAAACCACACUUGAAUUAAAUUAAAUUAAUAGUACCAUUAUAACACAACCAUUACUGUUCAUUAAAGCAAAUAAUAACAUUUACUGAAUUUAAAACGCAAAUGCCCUAACGUUUAUAAUUUUAUAUAGUUACCCUGUCUAAAUAUUUGUCGGUAUGUAUCUGCACCUUAUCGAUAAACAUGGAUGACAACGUUGUAAUACAGUGCCAUAGCCGGGAUUAUCAUUUUUUUUUUUUUUUUUGGAAAGGGCUUCGGUUUUUUUUCGCCAAACACUAUGGUCAAAAAUUUAAAUUCCUACCACACUGCUGCAAUGUCAUAUUAAAAUAUGUUAGAUUAAUUGAGUGACGUUCCCGAAAACUGACUAAACUUAUUCGAACUUUCAGGACACACAUCAUGGAAACAAGGCUGCCAAAAUACUUUUCUCUCACACAAAUUUGUCCAUAUACCUAAAUGUUAUACUAAUAUAUAAUAAAAAUAAACUAUACACAAGUCUACAAUUCCCCUUUCCAAAAAUAUUAUCAUACGCGUAUACUUGUUCGAUAAAUGAAAGUCAAGUAAGAGUACGUUUACGCGUAUAAUCUUGUAUUUUUUAUCGUUGAAUUUUUUUUUUUUUUUUUGUUAGGGGGUUAACCAGGACGAUAUUUCUGGCUACAGCACUGUUGUAAUAUAUAACGAUUAUCAGUGAAAAAUAUUUUGAUAGGGGUAUUUUUGGAGACCUUCGUGAUGAGAACCAAUUAAGGGGUAUUCUGUUAUCUACUAAAGUCAUGAACUGCUUCCCUCCGAAACUUACCUUAAAAUCGACUUUUACGAUAAACAGAGGUUAUUAGAUAUAUUUCCGACAACAUCUCAGCGCUCCCUCCUCCUCGCCACUUCAAGGAUAUGUAACUAAGUAAACAAAUAAUUUCUACUGUUUAUAGAUCACAUCACUGUAAAUAUAAUUAAAGUAUAUAAUAGUUCGUGUACGUAGGUGUGCAAUAUAAUUAGCUGCAACCAUAUUAUAUUUUAGUCGUAAACACACGUACAUGAGUACAUUAUACAGGGUGAUCAAUCCUCGAUAUGAUGCUUAUUCAGAAAGCAUUAACUUUUUUCGAAAUUUAAAAAAAAAAAUGUAUGAAACAAACAGCUUUAUAUAAUUUGUUAUAUUGCCAUUGCGUUGUUUUUUUUUUUUGGUCACCUUUAUUUUUUGGGUCAAAACCAUUACCAACUUUUGGCUUACAAAUAACAACCCGGAUCAUAUCGUUUGUGCGGUUUUCUACCCGAACUUAAAAGUGGAUCGAACCAAACUAAUACUGUGUCUUUUUCUUACGUGAUCUUUCAGUAUAACGGGCUUUUGUUUGGAAAUCAAAAGUAGCCGAUCGUUUGCCCCCGAUAAUAAAGGUGACAAAGAAUAACGGUAACGUAACGUUCUAAUAUUACAGAGUCUAUUAGUUUCAUAAAUCGUCCGAAAAACAUCGAAUAAAAGUCAAUAAUUUCCAAGAUAUGCAGCGCAAUUCAUUAAAUGUGUUCAUUCCAUUUUUUUUUUUUUUUUUUUGCAUGUGUUGAAAUUCUGAUUUUUCGAAAUUUUAAGUAUAGUUGAAGACGGUAUUUUCGAAUAAUUAGAUUUUUCACUACAUUCAAGGAGUAUUCUGUGGUGAUGCCAACUAUUAAAGCACUAUUAAAACCUAACCGUGCUGUAAUGCACAAAUGAUACUGAACCACUCUCCCCCAACCUAAUAAACUCAAAAGCCGAAUAUCUCGUCAACGGGUUUAGGUAGAUCAAAAAUCUAUUUAUGGCAUUUUUAAUACAGGUUGUCGUUUGAAAAACCAACGUCGGUUGUGAAAAAUCCAAGUAUACCGCGAAAAUAUCGUCUUUAAAUACGCUUAAAAAAUUCCAAAAAUCCGAAUUUGAAUGCAAAUUAUGCAAGAAUUUAAUCGAAAUACCGGGUUGGCCACGCUUAGCGAAUCGCCCUGUGUAACGGGCGGACGUGUUGUAUAAGCCAUUGAGGACCGAUCGCCCUCGUAUUAACACGUAAAACAUGUUGUUGUUGUCGUUGUUUUCACCCGCGAGGUGAACGUGAACCACCGCGAUAAUUAGAUAAUUAGGAUAAUUAGGACACAGAUAAUAUUGUGCUUAGAGUGGUUUGCAUCACCUAUCGUAACGGUUAUUACGGUAUUAACAACGUAGUUUGAUGUACACGGUGUGUAUUUAGAACCGGCAAGUAGACGAGCAAACGCCGCAGCAAAACGUAAACGCACGACCGACCGCACCGUCACCGUCACAAGUACCGCCGGCGCACGACACAAAUAGCGACGCGGCGGGCUGCGCCGGAACGGCCGUCGCCCCGAAACCCACGGCCGGCGAUAAUUUCAAUCGCGAAAAACAGCCGAAAAUCGACGUACGUCCGCAGCUCGUUUUGCAGCCGGCCGAUAGAAACUUAGUGCACGUCACCAAAGCACAAAUGAAAGGUGAAGCACCGCGCGAUCGAUAAUAAUAAUAAUAACAAUAAUAAUUGAGCUUAGGAAAAAAAAGCAAAUGAAAAAAAAAAGCGAGUGGUAAAAAAAAACAAACAAUAUAUUUAUUUUACAUAUUAUAAUAUAAAAAGCAAUAUUAUUGAUCAGUACUACAUGUUAUAUAGUACCAUAUACCAGAUACCUACGCCAUAUUUUAAUACCAUUGACUAUAUAUUAUUUGUAUUCAACAAUAAUAUUUUAAACAUUUUCACAAAAAUAAUUAUCGGAGCAAGUUAUCAAAAUCUGCAGUCCACAAUCGAAUGUAACAAAAAUUACUACUAGUGUAGUGUAAGUACACAAAGGUUAGGUUAAAACAUGGUAUAGGUACUAGAUAUUAAAAUAUGUAAUACUAACCAAUAUUAUUUUUUUUAUUAUAAAAUAUAAAAUAAAUAUAUUACUUUUUUACCACUUGCUUUUUUUCCAUUUGAUUUUUUUUCCUAACCCCAUAAUAAUUUUAGUUUCUUUCAUCCCGAACGGUAAUAAGGAUCGUAUCCGGUGGCGGAUUUACGAAGGAGGAAGUUAAGGGGGGUCCGGAGAGUCUGGACCCUCCCAGACACCGAUAUGAUUUCAAUAAAAUAUCUUCAAAAAGACUUUUCAAGACAUUUGUUAAUGACAUGUUUAAAAUACCCGCGAUUUACCUUCCUAGAAAAACGUUGAAAAUCCGCCGCCGAAUUCGUAUUCAAACGCGUAAAGGUCAUGCUCGUGUUUUUUUUUCCCAAUUGUUAACACAUUUACUAUAUUAAAAAGUCUUUCUAGUUGGUAACGAUGACCAAUUCGAUCGAGUUUCGAUUUUUGUAUUAAGAGGUUUGCGCGUGACCUGUUUUUUUUUUACUCGAACAUGGUCCAUAAAAAAAAAAAAAAAAUAGUAAAUAGGUUACUAGAAAAGUAACUAUAAUUAUGGAGCAAGCCGUAUUCGAUAUAAUUGAUUAUUAUUAUGACCAAUUGAUUGUACACUUUUUUCUCUGGACUUCAAAAAAUUAUUAAUUAUCAUAAAUUCAAUUUUCGAAAUCCAAGUAGGGGAUACGUUCUAUCAGAAAUCGUCUUUCCAACGAUAAAUAAAUUUAUCGAAAUCGGACCGCUCAACGAGGAGAACGACUUUUAUGAGCGUAAAUAGUGUUCUUUGGUAAAACAGGUCGCGCGCUGUCUCGUAUCGGACUGAUGCGCUAUGUAAAGUUGUAACCUGUAUGUUGUUGAAAUUUAGAAUUUCAAGAAGCAUUUAGGUUAUUCGACAAAGACGGCGACGGCAGCAUCACGAAAGAAGAACUGGGCCGGGUCAUGCGGAGUUUAGGACAGUUUGCCAGAGAAGAAGAACUGGAAACGAUGCUACAGGAAGUCGACAUUGACGGUACGACUACAUUUAACGGUUUUAAACAUUUUAUACCGAAUCGUUUUGCUAUUUCCGGUAUUGGGUUCUUGCUAAUUGAAAAUUGAACAGACCGAGGGUGAAAAAACGUAUCGAUUGAGAAUUUUCAACAGUGUACACAUAUUUAGGUUUCUUAAAUUUGUAAAACUCAAACAAUGGCUCACCGAGGAAUUUUUAAAUCACACGCAGUUAACAAAAGUAUUCGUUCGCUUGUUAUUUUUGCUUUUCGCACUUUUUUAAGCUGCUCUAUAACACUAAGGCACUAAAAUUCCACAACUAGCCCCCUCGAGAGCACAAUAUGCAUUCGAACACUAAUAUUAUAGUCACUGUGCGCCACUGAAAAAAACACACAGUUCAAAUCUUCACUAAAAUAAUAAACCGUAGAAGAUUAAAAUAAGAACUUUUAUACGAUAUUUUUUUUUGUUUUACUCGUUAUAUCAACACUAUAACCGACGACGCAAAAUAUCCUCAUAAAAAUAAAUAAAAAAUAAAAACGCUAUUACAUCGCGAACAAAGCAGAAGAUUACCCAGAAAAAAAAAACGUUUAAAAGCAAAUGACCUACUUUCGGCGUUACGACCCAUCGGCAGUAAAACGUAAUUGACUUUAUGAGGAUACUUUAAAUCAUAUCACUUCCUAUAUCUAUAUUUAAAACGCCAUUUUUGUUUUCAAUUUUCUCUUUUGAAAGUUUUUUUUUUUUGUUCAUUAAAUUUAAAAACGAAUAUUACUAAACUAAAACUAUAUAGGAAAUACCUGCAUGCUGACGCGGACAUAAAUGUUUACUAUAAUAAUAAUUAUUGAUAUUAUCGUUGUAUACAUAUACACACAGGUGACGGAGCGUUUAGUUUCCAAGAGUUUGUGGAAAUCGUGUACAACAUGGGCGGCACGGCGGAAAAAACGGCGGACCAAGAAGAAAAAGAGCUCAGAGACGCGUUCAGGGUAAGUACAAGUAACCGCCUAAAUGCAUACGUCAAAGUCGAGAACAGCUUAUUAUUAUACCGGGCCUUUUUUAGCCCGGGGAGAUUAUAAAUAUUAUAAAUUAUUCAACGUACUCCGAACCGCCGCCGCUGUCGCGCGAAGGUGACACGGUAGAAAAACCAUUUUAGAAGAGAGGAAAAUCGUGAAUAAUUAAUAAUAAAUUCGCCAACCGUAUUCGAGUCUCGUCUAUACGGGGCUUAUAAUAAUCGAUAAGUCGUCGGGAAAGUUAGGAAAGGUACCUAUAUCCUAAAGUUUAUUAUGCACUGCGCAGUAAUAAUAUUCGCGUUAUUAUGUUUCGUAUAGAAUAUUUUCGGAUGAAAUAUUUAACUUUCCUUUUAAACACAAAACGACUUCUUUCCUACCCCCUUCCUCUACAUUUAUCGUUUUUAGCGAAUAUUUCACGAUACUUCUGUUGGAUAUUAUGACGAGUGUUUAUUAAAAAAAAAAUACAUUUAUAUUAAAGACGGUUAGGAUUUUAAAUGCUAUAUGCCUACUGGUUUUUGGUAGUAUUAAAAUUCUGAAUUAAACUCGAUAAUCUACCAGUGGCGUUAUUAGGUCACUAGGUCAUGGAGGUCAAUAUUUUUUCAUGUGUUCUCACUUUUUUUUUUUUUUCAAGAAGUUGGUAAAUAUUAUAAUACUCUAUUGUUGUAAUAUUACUUAUUUAUUUCGAGCAGCAAAACUAUCAUAACGUUAUCAUACUCGUAAUUCGUUUAAAAUGAAACCAAUUUCCGAAUCACAUAUAAUAUGAAGGAUACUAUAAAUUAAUAGGUACUUAAAAAAUAUACAAAUUAAUAAUUAUUAUUUUAUCUGGUGUACCAAUGGUUAUAUUUGAUCGCAAUGAUAAUAUUUCUGGGCGAAGUGAAUUUUAAAUGAUAGACUAAAAAAUGUGAACACAUUAUAAAUUGAUAUAUUUUUUGGCGGGUACCUAUACGUUUUACAAUAUUACACAAUUUCCAAAUUCAAUACCUCCCUCUUUAUCAGAAUUCUAAAUACGCCACUGAUCGAUACAUUUUUACGAACUACCAAAUUUGCCAAUUCAAUAUUAAUAUUAAUAUUUGAAUCAAACAGUUAUUGAUUUUAUAGUAGUAUAUUAUCAUCUAAGAUUACUGAAAACAAGAUAACAUAACAUGCCUUAUUUAGUUUCCGUCAAAGUGAUAUUAUGUUUUACUUCGAAAAUAUACUGUAAUAAGUACUAUACCCAAAAAAAAAUAAGUUAACAGGAGAUGGACAGACACCCUGAUCCGCCUCUCUGGUCCUAAAAUCACGCCACUACCGUAAACUACCUCUCAACCAAAGUAGUAUGUACCAACCGCUAGGGUGUCCUCAAACCGUUUUAAGUAAAGUUCCCGUUUUUCUCUUGACAAUAAAUCGUUUUGACAAUUAUUCCUAAACAUUAACUUCGUCUGCUUCUUACGUAUGUAUACCAGAAAGAACAUAAACUCGGAUUAACUACAUUACAAUACCUCGCGUGCACAAUCAAUUCGAAUUGUAUUACAAUACGAAAAAUGAAUCAAAAUGAUCGUUCGUUAGAUCCUUUUUAAAUCCAACGAACCGUUUUCUAAACGGAAACCGACGUUAAUAAUUAUUAUUUUGUUGGAGACGAUUGUCGUGUGAUGCGUUUAGAUUGAAUAUAAAAUACAUAUAUCCGGUAAUUUCGAAAAUUGUAUUCGUAUUGUAUGAACGAGGUGGAAUAUUUUUUUUUCCUUUGAUACAAUCAUAGGCGCAAAUAGGCAAGGAUUGAGGGUGAUUGGGGAAACUUAGCUUCCAAAACUCAUCCCAGCCUCCAAAUCGAGUUCUUAUCGAUUAAAUACAAAGUAGAUAUACAUAAUCAAUAUUAAUCAAUAUCAUGUCCCUCCCUCCGAAGUCACGCCCAUGAAUGCAAUUAAAUAUAUAUAGUUACUAAUUAAAAUAAUUAAGUACCUGUGCGAAAGUGAUUAUACUCAAACUGCGUGCCAUCACUUAACGAGUAAAUCGGAGUAAAUAUUGGUACCUAUAGCUACCAUCACUUGACUCGAGUGGCAGGAAACACGCCGCUACACUUUAAAAUAUUUCUGGAGUUAUGAAUUUAAUAUCGCAGAACUUUUUCGUGGGCGACGUUUUUUACCGCAUCGAAAAGUAUGUUUAUCGAAAGAAGAAAAAUAAACCGUCAGUUUUCUACUCCCCGUCCUUGUCAAUAACUAUUCGGGAGGAGGGCAUAACUUCUUUCCAAUUAUUCAAAAGAAAAAAAACUUUGUUGUAUACGAUUCACAAGCUUUCGCGGAAUAAAAUAUCACGUAUGUAUGGAUAUUUUCAGAAUUUUUCAAAAAAAAACAAAAUUUACUGUAAAACUACUUUUACCAUUUUUUACCGUACAUUCAGUGCUUUUUGUAUUGGUAGCUAAUCGUUAAAACAUUUUUCGGUUUUUGAAUUAACUUUUGGACACAAUAAAACCCGAUUCAUACUUUUACGGCGCAGCACACGACAAAAACCUCUAUAGCAAUGGAUGUUUUGUCAUUUGUCGGUGUCUUUCAGAAUCAAUUUAAUUGAAAUAUUUAUUUGUAUGUAUCUAUAUUAUAGACAGUACAAUUGAUAAAUAAACAAAAAUAAUAUUUACUACAUAAUUAUAUUAGAUCUGUCCAAAAGAACUCGAUUACGAAAUUCAAAAUGUGUACUCUGCAUUUUCGUAAGCGGUAGGGAAAACAAUUUCACGAACAUUUUGACGAGAUAACUCGCACCUUUAUCGUGACGAAAAAGGAUUAAAAAAAGGAAAAAGGAACAAAUAUGCGACUAUUCGGGAGAAAGAUUGCAAUCAAACUAAUAAUAGUGUAGCUGGUGUCUGUCGUUGCCCAUCGGUCAUAAUAUGUGAACUGGACGACAUUUCUGUCCGUCAUACCGUGCCGUACAAGACAUGCGAAUCGGGCCAAGUCCGACAAAAGAUUUUUUUUAGUAUUAUUCCUACAGUAUUCCAAAGUCAACCCAAUGUUAUAAUGAAUUAUUUCCUUUUAUAUUAUGAGCGGAGCGAGAAAUCUAUUGGUUUUUCAGUGAUGUUUAUUAUUUUUGUAUUUUUUUCCCUGUGGACAACUUUUCUACAGGCAAUUUUGCUCCAAUUUUCAAUGAUGAUGCUUUUUCUGAAAAGAAAUCUGAUUGGGGUGGUACUUUAGGGAGGUCAUUUUUUGAUUUUCCAGGAGUUUUCAUAAUAAACUGGAAAAAAACGGGAAAAUACAGGUACAUAAUUAAACAAAUACUAUAUAAAUGAAAAUAUAUAAUACAUAUAUACAUAAUAAUAUAUAAUUAUGGUAAUUAUUUUACCAUAAUAUAACAUAUAUAUAUUGUAGACAACGCAUCACUAUUGACCGAUACUCCGCUCAGAAUCGUUUUUCGUUAGCAAUGGUUAAUCGUUGCGUACUGCGAACAUACAUUAAAUUAACCCUCUACCUUUCCAACUUCUCACCUUCAACGGUGGCCCAUCCACGUGCGAAGUAUGUCCGACCUCUCUUUCUUCGUGCGUAAAAUACAUGCCCGAGUGUACGUAAUAAACUUUUCGAGAAUAAAUCUAAAGUACCGUAAAUAUAAUAACAACUAUAGUCUAUAGUAGUUGUAUGUUCGUCAUAAUAUAUACGCAACGGAUUAUAACGGCUUAUAGUGUAUAUGCUAUACAUCCGUCAUCCGAAUGCUGCAAAUUUGUGUGGCGAAAACUUUUUUUUACGUAUACUCAUUUUAACAAAACCCGACCGUUUAUACCAGAGUCGUGUUGCGUUGUUGAGAGGACGUUAUGUUCGCUACGCGUACUGUUAGUUUUAAUAUUAUAAUGAAUUGACCUAUCUUCUUUAUGUUUUAACAAAAGGUCAACCCACUCUAAUAUUAAAACCAACAGUUAGUUGUCACUGCUGAAUGAAAAUUUGCUAUGCCCCGUGGCUGUUAGACGGAGACAGCCCAUGCGGGUAAAAAAGUCCUCUUAACAUUUAAACGAUCGUUACUACGUACAAAAACUGCAGCGCACUAACUUGUGGACGGACUGAAAUAUAAAUGAAAUUAAAACGAUUAAGGUUUAAAUUGAUAAUAAUUUAUUGUAUGUACGUCGAUCGCACUCAUUCGAUAUAAGUUGCCUGCGACGACCAGCAAUACACACUAUUGAUAUACGUUUGAAAUUUCGGAAACUGCAGGACGCACUAUGACGUACAUUUUCAAUAUGGUCGUAAAUAUUACGAAAAAUGAAUUAUAAAUAAAACCUAUGUGUGACGUGGAUAUAAUGUAAGUACCUAUAACGUUUACAAUUUUUCAGUUAAAUCCUUGUGUUGUCUCCGCGGUUUUACUAACGCACGGCAUAGCAAAAUUACGUUAAUUAAAUGUAACUAUUGAUUUAACGGGAAACUCAAUUUCAAAAUAAUUUUCACGCCAGAUUAAAAUGUUCAACAUUUAAUUACAAGGGGGAAGGGGGAAUUUAGAGGCGAAAUUAAACGUCGGGUGGGCACUUGUCCACCUUUGCCCCGGUAUAGCACCGCCUUUGGAUUACUGUAAUACAGUGAAUAGACGGGUUAAUAUAGUUUUCACUAUCGCAGUAAUCGUAAAACUUUUAAAAUGAUAUUGUCUAUGUAAAUUUCUGGUAUAGAUCACAAACUUUUUAUUUUGUUUCCAUUAAUUUUUCUUCGAUAGAAACUAGAAAGUUUGUUAGUGGUUUACCACCUAUAUGAUGUGUUUUAGAUUCUGAGAGAAGUGAGGAUAUAAAUAUAUCCUAUGUUUAGUAUACAUUUUUUUAACAACUUUUCUACCAGAAAUUUUACUCCGAUUUACAAUUGUAGCACUUUUUCUAAAAAGAAAUCUGACUGGGAAAGUACUUUAGGAGGAUAAUUUUUCGAUUUUUUCCAAUAAAUGGGAUAAAUCAGAAAAAUAUGUACAAUAUUAAACAAAUGUUAUUAAAGAAAAUAUAUAAUGCAUAUUAUGUAAUUAUUUUACCAUAAUAUGACACAUAGGUAGGUAUAUUGUUGACAAAGCAACGCUAUCAACCGAACUCAGAUCAGAACCGUAUUUUCGUUAACAAUGGUUGAUCAUUGCUUACACAUAUACAUUAAAUUACCUAUAACAGUGGCUGUACCCAUUGUUCUAGGAUAGCUUUUUUUUUAUUUGUAAAAAAAUUCAGAAAUCUUACUCCAAUGACCUCAGAAAUGACUUCUGGCAGCCAAAUUUCGUCUACUCGCGAGUCGGUACAUUUUCCGAUUUUAUUUGUAAUUUUUAUUAAUAAUUUAGACGAACCGGGAAUAUCCAAGUAAUAAUACGGUUUAUGUUAUUUUCGAUUUCGUUAUAAUUCGCAGUUAGAAGAUAAUCGUAGAGACGUAACAUUUUCACCGACUAAUUAUAUUAUCCCUAGUUGUAUUAAACCCAUAAUAAUACCGACUUUCGGGAAAAUCCCAUAGUUGGAUUCUGAGAUGAAAAGUACAAAUCGCUUCUUUGUUAUAACAUUGCAAAAAACCAAUUGUAACGAAACCUAGUUUGAAAAUCUAUUUUAUAAGAUGAUGAAUGAUGAUAAAUCACGUUUAAAGGCAAUAACGCAUAUAACUGCAAUUUAGCAUCUAAGCCUCUAUGUUCAUUUUUUUCGCACUGUCAGUUAUACAAUUACAUAUUGUUAUUAAUAUAUUGUUGUUAUCAAUAAUAUUAUUUGCCUCGAACAACUAAACAAUUACGAUUUUUGUGUUAUGCCGUUAUUGUAGCGAACUCUCGAAAUAUACCUACUAUUGAGUACUAUAUACAAUAUUAUUGCUAAAAAAAACCAUUUAUUAACCACUAUAAUUGUUUUAGAUCAAAUGUUUUUUAUCAUCAAUUAUGAAAAUUGCUUUUUUUUUUUCUAGUUUUAACUUAAAUAUUGUUAGUUACGACCUAUUUUUACAACGAAUUCAAAGAAAAGGUGAUUACGCUCUGCUAUUAGGCUAUAUAUAUUUUUUUUUUAGUCACUCGCGAUUUUAAAACAACAAAACACGAUAAUAAUAACAUUGUUAUCAAUACCCCGUCUCAGUCGUAGUUACCAAUGUCAUUGUCGGGUAUAAACGCUGGGAAACGUAGGUACAAAUGGUAGUAAAUAACAAUAAAUGCCAAAUAAGUGUCACUUAUAUCAAUUUUUGUUGGUUGCGACCAAGGCCAUAACCAGAAAGUAAUUUUGCGGCGGGAGUGUGGGGAAUUUAAACUAAAAAUAAGUAGUGUUCUAAUUUUGUCGACUGAAAUAAUUAUCUUUCUGCAACAUAAUGUAACACGAACAAUUUUCUGAGGGAGAGGGUUGAAUCCUACCUCUACUUCGAGUAUGGCCUUCUUCUUACUCAGAUAUUUACAAAAGUUGAACAUUUUUGGGGGAAAACCGGGAAUUUCCCGGAAGGCCCUUAGUGAUAUUGGCGUGACGUAGCUAAGGGGAGGCCAGGGUGUGCCCGCCCUUUCCUAAAAUGUGUCCACCCAAAAUAUUCAGUGGGGCCCAUUAUCAUAUAUCUGAUUAAUUUUUACCACCAAAUAUCCUACUCGAUUUGCAUAUAGUGAUAUAAAUUGAUUAAUGAUAAGUGAUUUACUGCCUAGUACCUGUUACCAGCUCACCAUACCAGCAGUAUUAUAUUAUGUUGUGUACAUCAUCCGGUAGAUGGCGUAAUGAUCAAAAAUUAAAUUUAUCAAUAAGAUACAAAAAUAUUAUAGGUUACAUAUGUGUAGUUAUAAUGUGACUAUAGUUAUAGUUACUACCCUUUUUGAAAAAAAAAAAAAAAAUGUCGAGGCGGCCUCCCAAAUAUUGACGCACCUAGUAAAAAUGUCCUAGCUACGUGUCUAGAUACGACUGAAUGGAAACUGUCCAACUAUCGGUUUAUCCAUGAUGGAUCCAGGUAUGUUAAUCCACGUAAAUAAUAUAAAAGACACUUAGCCGAUAAACAAAUAAAUAAAAAAAUUUGAUGUUAACGCCGAUAACGGAUUACAACACAGUAUUUUAAUGACGAGGAACGAAAUAGAUUUAAAACCGACAAUUUUCACCUGUAGAUUAAUGCGUGAUAAGCCAAAUCGGUUUUGCUCCGUGUUCUCCUGUCAGGUGGAUUUAUCAUACAGAAAUUAAAAUAAUAUAGGUUUAGGUACUUAUCAUUAAUUUAAUCGCCGUCAUCCGGCGGCGUUACGUCAACAAAUGUUUAUCCGAAGUUCGUUUAACCGUUAAAUAAUAACAUAACACAAUUAGUUAUUGAUAAUAAUAUUAUAUUCCCGUUCAAUGUUCAAAACGGUAUUUCAUAAUGUGCUGCCCGAGUCCGUAAACACUAUCGUUGUUUUUUUUUUUUUUUUCAUUCCUAGAUUGAACAACACGCUGUUGUAAUAGUAUUGGUUGUUCACUUAGAAAUAAAAUAAUAAUAAUAAAAAAAAAAAAAAAAAACCAUUACUCGUUCAAACACUCGGAAUCCGUACGAAUUUUGGAUCUUCGAACGUGGUUUUUUUUUUUUUAUCAUAGGUAUUAUAAUAUUUGAACAGUCGCAACAAAAUGAAAGGGAAAAUCGAACGGAAACAGUGGGAAAAUGAAGACCGGUAUAAUAGGAUAUUUAAUUGGAUAUUGUUCGCAGAAUUAGAAAGGGAUUUUACGUUUCUAUACGUGGAACUAAAGGAAGUCGCUACGGACCGAGAAAAACGGAAAGAAACGCAAUUCAAUCAAUCCGAGGAUUGAAAAAAAAUCUACUUGUAUAUUAUAUUUGCGGUAUUUAUAAUUUUGUAAGAAUCCAAAUAAAACUGCUCGCAUCAAUUUAUAUAUUUAUACGAGGGUUUGCAUUACAAUUUGCAAGAGAGUACGUUACGGGUUAUAUUGCCCCCCUUCCGUUGGCUUUUUAACUAUUAACAAUUAAGAGUAGGCAUUUAUCUAGUAAUCUAAUCAGGAAAUGUAUAUCCGGCGAAUUACAGGAAAAAUCUUGAUUUAUUGAUUAAAAAUCGGAUAUGGUUUCCUGUUGUCGAGUUAUGCAAAAAAAAAAAAGCUUCUAUAAUAAAAAGAUUCUAUAAUUGUUAAUACUUGUUAAUACAUUUCAUCCCGUUAAAAAUUCCAGGCCAUGCCACCGAUUACAUGUUUACACAAUGUCCAAUAGACAUGAUUGGUGGCAUGAACUCAUAGGCGCCUGAUAGGAAAGACAAAAAGGUCGUUUGUUCCGGCUUUUUGUCAUAUUUAAAUAAUUUGUUAGUGUUUUUUUUUUUCUAUCGAAUUACCUACAUAUAAGGUAUAAAAUAUUGAAUCUGCCCCUUCCCUCCAACAAAAAUUCUCGGGAGCGGACUCUAAUGUAUAAACUUACCUAUAUCAUGUGCGAGACAAUUAUCGACAACUUAAUGAUAAAAAAUCCUACGAUCUUGCAUUGUUAUUUUCAAAUAAAUCCAGACAAUUUAACUCGCAUUUUUGUAAAACAUUUUUUAAGCUUAUGUGGACUGGAAGCAGUGAUUUUCUGUGUUUGUCUUACACGUGUGUAGGAAUUUGGACGUGUUCUGUUGGUUAGGUUUCCAACGUUCGUACGAUCUAGGGAAGUGAUAACAAUUCUUCCGACGAUUAAAUAAAAAUAUUCCAUUUUUUUAUAAUACUCCUUCUUUUUAGAUUUAGGAGAAUAAAAUAAAAAAUUCGUUCAAGUCGAUUUCAAGUAGACUCGUUGACAAAUAAAAAAUCCCUUUCAUAAUAAUUCCUGUCGCUUCACUAGAUUAAUCGACACGUAGGAAAUAGAACACGUAUGUAAAUUCCUAUGUCGCACGCGUGUAAGACAAAGACAGGAAAUCACUUCAUUCUUUUUCGAGUGCCUCACAUUUCCGGGCCAACCAGCUGAACCAUCCCGCCGCUAAUUAAAAAAAAAUAUAACACAAAAAACUACGAGUCCUCACAAUCACAAAUCUACUGUCAUUCCACUACCUACUCAAUUAGGCAUACUUUGUUAUUAUUUUAGAUUCUGAGUGGAGCGAAACAUCAUUACAAUGAUAUUCAUUUUUUUUUUCUGUGGACAGCUUUUCUAUCAGCAAUUUAGCUUAGAUUUACAAUGUUGGCACUUUUUCUAAAAGGAAAUCUGAUUAGGAAAGUACUUUAGAUUUAGGGCGGUCGUUUUUUGAUUUUCCCUGGAGUUUUCCCAACAUAUGGGGAAAAUAUGGUCAAAACAGGAAAAUAAGUACAAUAUUAAAUAAAUGUUAUUAAAGAAAAUGUUUAAUGCAUACCUAUAUAGUUAUUUUAUUAAAAUAUGACAUAUAUUGUUGACAAAGCAACGCUAUCAACCGAACUCCCAUCAGAAUCGUUUUUUCGUUAGCAAUGGAUAAUUGUUGCUUAUAGAUAAAUAUUAAAUUUCCGUUUAUAUCCUACAUUCCCAAAUUCCGACCAACAACCUUGGCUGAAACCGUCCCCUGCAUUAUCCCAGAACAGCUUUAUAUUAUUUGUAAACCGUAAAAGUCGCCCGACCCAUCGCGAGAUUAUAUCCCAAAAGCUCGCUGUAGGCUGCUUUCGGCCGUGUAGGUAGGUACAGUUUAAUUUAUACAUAGGUACAGAGUUGUGCAUAAUAUACUAGGUAAGUAGGUAUUACAGGUAUCUACAUAAUUUGUUUUCUCGUAAAAUUCGUAUAUUAUUAUAAAAUAUUAAAAUGUUCGUAAAAAAAAAAAAAAAAACAAAACGAAAUCGAAAGUCGACGGGAUUAUUUAAAUUUCGCGCUCGGUGUGCGGCACAAAAUAUAUCCGUGGCAUUUAGCAACAUCACUCGUAUUAUAAUUAGGUAGCAAGAUUUUUUUUUUUUUUUAUUGUGCGAGAGAGAGUUGGAACAAGAAUCCAGUUGAUUAUUCGCUAACCAUAAUAGACAGAAAAUAAAUGUUUCAUUAGGUGUUGUACAUAAUUAAUAUUGUAUAAUUAUAAUGUAUUGCAGGUGUUCGACAAGCACAACAGGGGAUACAUAAGCGCUUCGGAUCUGAGAGCUGUACUCCAAUGUUUGGGCGAGGAUUUGUCUGAAGAAGAAAGUAAAUAUUACAAAUUCAAAAAAUAUACACUAUUUAUUUUGUGUAAUGACCGAUGGAGAGUAUUAUAGUAAUGCGUAUUAAUAUUUGUUCCUAUAGUCGAAGACAUGAUUAAGGAAGUAGACGUGGACGGCGACGGAAGGAUCGAUUUUUACGGUAAGGUCGUCGUUAUCGUAUCGUUAAAAAAAAAAAAAACGACAUUAUAACAACACGUCGCGUUUCCAUUUUUUUUUGCUCGAAGAUUUACCGUAAAUAGUGCAAGACUUUAAUAUCUGCGCUCUCUCGAAAAAUCCCGAAUUUAGGUACCAUAUACCUAUUUAAGGUGAUUAAUGUCGUAAAAUUAUCCCAGACAGAGAGAGAGAAAAACGUUCUUUUAAAACGCGAGGUAUUUUAUAAAAAAAAAAAACACAUAAGCAGUUACGUGUCGUUUUAUAUCAAAGUAAAAAUUAUCCUUUAACCCAAAAUUAAAAAUUGUUUUAUUUAAAUUUUCUCGUAUGUUUUAUCGGUUGAUACAGACAGUUGUUUAAGAUGUAAUAAAUAAUAAAAAAAAAAAGACCUGAUACGUGGGAUGGGAGAGGCCACUGUUGUAGGUGAGAAGUUGGGAACUUUGUAUACAUAAGGUUAUUUCAUUUAUAUCCGUUAGAAACGAUAAACCAUUGCUUGACGAAAGACGAUUCCGAGCGCAGUUUGGUAAUACUUAAUUUGAAGUGCCGUAAUUUUUUUUGCGAUUUUUGUUUAAAUUUGAUUUCAAAACGCUCAUUAAAAAAAAAAAAGUUGUCCGGUGAUUUUGGAAAUUUGACCAUGUUUAGGUAAGUUCAAUAUAAAUAUUAUUACUAAGUUUCAAGACUAUGUGUAUUUGUAACCGACUUACAGCAAAAAAAAAACUCCUAAAAAUUAAAAUUCCUUAAAAGCUCAAAAGUUUUGGCAAUGAUUCCGUAAGAAAUUAAAUCAAAAAGACAACAAAAAAAGGUGUCUUGUGAUUUUUCGAUUAAAUCAUUUUUUCAUCUCAUUAACUCAUUAACAAUAAUAAUUGUUAAUCGACAUUAAUUAAAUGUAUAUUGUAUCAUUAAUAAUAUACAGGUUAUUCCACUGAGAUACACCCAUUGUAAUAUGAAAAUAUUAUAAUAAAGACAAUCAAAUUUUCUUUAUUUUGGUAAAAAAUUGAAAAAAAAUAAAUUCAAUUUUUUUUAUUUUUGAAAAAUUUGAAGACUGUCAAUGUAUAGAGUUUAUUAUCUUCUGAACGUUUUGACGUAUGAACCUUUUAUUUUUAUUAAAUUCAUGAUUUUUAAUAAUUUUGAAAGUGCAGAGAAAAAUACAUAUAUUUAUAUGCAACAAACUGUAAUUGCAUUUUAUAAUUAAUUAUUAUCAUUACAAUUAAUUGACUGUACAUUUCUUUUCCCUGGACUUCAAAAAAUUAUUAAAACUUCGAAUUUAAUGAAAAUAAAAAGUCGAUACAUCAAAAUUUUCAGAAGAAUAAACUCUAUAAAAUGGCUUUAUUUAAACUUUUCAAAAAUAAUAAAAUAAAGAUUUUUUACCAAAAUAUAAAUAAUUAAUUGCAAUAAAAAUAUUUGUAGUCCUUAUCUCAGUGAGUAAUAUACAUAAUAUAUAUAAAAAAAAAAAAAAAACAUAAUUUGAUUAUCUUUAUUGUCUCCCGAGAUAUUACAAUGAGUAUAUCUUCGUGAGACACCCUGUAUAUAUAGUGCUAUUCUGUUGUAAUUUGAAUAAGCACAACGUGAACAAUAAAAAAACACUUGAACAUAACAUGGAAUUAUGGAUCGAGUGACGAUGCAAAAAAAAAUUAUAAUUGUAUUCGGGCACUCAACAUAAUGAUAAUAUUAUGAAAGGUACUCAACCUACAUGUAUGUGCUUAUCGUAAAGGUAUUUAAAAUAAUCGACUCUCCCCCCCCCCUGAUUAAAACAUAAUUAUUAUUACCUGAUAAAUAGGUAAUAAUAUAGGUGUAACAAAAAAUCACAAUUCUGUAAAUAGGUAUUACCUAUAUCGGUUAAAUUGGUUAAUAUUAUAUUAAUAUUUAAUAACUAUAUAGGUAAGUGGGUAGGUACUUAUAAUACAUUCUCAAACGAAUGUGGUAUUAAAUGAUUUUAAAUAUUAUAGUCUUAAGCGUAGUGAUAAAUUUACUCGUUAAUCGAGUUAUUAUUUCUAAACACAUCAAUCAUGCGUGUUGUAGUACUGUAAAAGUGGGUAACAUGGGACUUGUGGCAGAAAUAUUGUUUUUGCUUUUGGUCUUAGGUACAAUUGUAAUCAGUUUGCUAUUAUGUUCGAUAAGAAUUUUAAUUCAAGUUACAUUUUUAAACAUACCUAUGAAAAAAAUCACAAAUUAUUUUCAAUUCUGAAGCUCUAUUUCAAAUCGUAUUAUAUUUAUAUAAAUUAUAAUUUGACAAAAACACGUUCUGUUUUCUCUUCUGUUGUAUGAAACUGUGUAAGAAAAAUCAUAAUCGCAUUAAACGCAUUAGAGUUAAAGACAUUUUAUUACUUAAGUGUUACUCGGUGCAUACAACCUAAUCUAAUGUUUUUGUACUAUCAUUUUAUACAUGUAAUAGUGAUUAUACUCAUUAUAAUCAGUUUAAUAAUUUUUUGAUGUGUUAUGUUGUUUUGUCUUAUAGUUUAAAAGUAAUUUUAAAGACUGGAUAAAAAGUAUCUAUUUAAUUAUUUGUCUAAUUAAUAAGACAAAGUUGGUAAUAUUUGUAAAUUGUUAUAAUAUUAAUAAUAAAAAAAUUAAUUUUCAAUAUUGAAUUUCUAUUUGUAUAUGUCCUUACCUAAUUAUGACACAUAAAACAUUUUGAUAAUUGAGGGGGUGAGUGCAAGAAAAGCUUUUUCACGGAAAUGCCCUUUUUGUUUAAAGUGUUUUAUUGAACUCAGCGACCACUAUACUUCAUGUGUACACAAUUUUAGUUCAAAAUUUGUAUAAUAGAGCACUGUAGAAGCGUUUACGUGAUUGUGUGUAAAUGCCUUUCUUGCAUAGAACCACAUACUAUGUACGUUAUAUUUGUAAAUAAUAUAAUUUUAUCUUUCAAUAAUUUAAAAAUAAAAUAAUAUUAUGGUAGACAACCUUGUUAUUUUUCGUUGUAGAUUUAUAGGUUUAGUAAAAACAUUUUCUAAAUAAAACUAAACAUUAAAUAAUUAAUAUAAUAUUGAAAAUUAAAAGUAAUAAAACAUACAAUUUAUAUUUGUAAUUUUAUUUGUAUUCUUAUAAUUAUUAUUGUGUUUAUAUUAUUCAAAAGUUAUAAAUAAAUGAAAAAAAUUAAAGUUCUUCAUUUUAAUUGAAAUAUAAUAGAUAAUUACUGUUUGAUGCAAGGACAUUUUGAUGAUCAUGACCAUAUCUCAUUAUUUAAAACUAAGUGGACAUAAAAAAAAACAAAACAAAGACAUAAUUAUUUUCUUUAAGAUUCGAUCUUUCAUAUAACACAAAUUUUAUAACCAUGUGAGUAGAUCCAAAAGAGUGUCACACAUUUUAAACUUACAUUUCGCUUUUCUCAAAACAUAUUUCUAGAAAAUGUUGUUCUUGUGCACAGCCCCUCAUAUUCUUUCAUACCUAUGUAAAAUGUUGUGAGGAAAACAUUUUGUUUUCACUUAAUUUGACCCAAGCUACCAAAGUCACAAAAUUGUACAGAUUUCCCCUUUCAUUACUAACUUGGGGCAGAAAUAAAAAAAAUAUAUCUACAUAAAAUCAGGAAUUUUAGUAUACAAGUUCAAAUUUAAGUUUAGAAUCAUAGAAAACUUUUGAUAUAAAUAUUGGCCCCAUAUGAUGAUUAUUUUACUGAGAUAUUUAAUGUCCAAGUUUAAAACCAACCCAAGUUACCUACUUUAUAGUAAUCACUGCAAUAAUAUUAAUGGUUAACGCACUAAAAAGGUAAACACAUUACAACAAUAAAUUAAAACCCAUCAAUACGAUAAUUAUUUGAUUUUUCUCAGUUUUUGAUAAAUCAAAUAUUAAACAAAUUUUGUGUUUUUUAGACCAAUUUCAGAAUGCAUAUUUUCUUAGUGCAUUUUUAAUGUUUAUCAUUCUGUGUUAUAUUUUUAUGUUUAUACUAUUUUAUUCCAAAAUGUUAAAAAAACAUUAAUAAAAUGUGUUCUCAUAUUCUUGUUUAUUUUUAAGCAAAGAAUAUUCUAUAUUAUAACUAAUAUAAUUUCCUCUUUAAUUCAAGUUCUAAAUAAUUAAAUUAUAUAUAUAUAUAAAAAAAAUGUUUUAUUGUACUUUUUAUAAUAUAUUAGAAAAUAAAAUGUAUACUAGUGUAAACUAGUAUAAGAAAACCUAUUGACUUAAAAACAUUUCAGUAUUGUAAUUAAAUUAAAUGAUUACGUUGAAAAAUAAUAAAAAUAUAAUAAUAUUAUGAUCACUAUUUUAAUGGAACAGAAUUAAUUAAUUUUUUAUUGUUUUAGAAUUUGUCAAUGCCCUGGGAGAGCCCGGAGAUGACUACGAUGAAAAUGACGAGGAUGAAGAAGACAUUUAUCCCCAAUUGGAAAUUCAAACUUAGCUUUCGAAUAAUUACAAUGCCAUGUAUUACUGUUAUAAAAGUAUUAAAAUAAGAUCAAGUUAAAAUUGAAUUAAAAAAAAAAACAAAUCGAUAACGAUAUGUUUUGUAAACAUUGGUCGAGAGUUCAAAAACUUAGCCAUGUAAUAAUUUCCAUCAGGAAUAAAUGCACCAAUAUCUGUUUAUUUUUUAUUUUUACUAACUAAUGAUCUCUUAUCAAACAUAUUUUACUUUAAUAUCAAAUGUAACACCACAGUAGUUUUGUUAAGCAAUUAAAAUUAUUUUCAACGUCUAAAUUGUGUAAACUUAUCAUUCGGUGGAACAAUCAACAAUUUGACUAAGACCAUAAUAAUAUUUAUGUAUAUAAAAAAAAAAACUUUUAUCAUUAAUUUCUCACAAUUAUAAAUUGUAAUCAACAAAUAAACAUUAAAUUAUAUCUAUUUAUUUUAAGAAACUAUAAAAAGUUAUUGUUCAAUUUUUCAUUAGUGUUUAUUACAAUAGUGUACAAAUCUAUUUACUUCCACUGAGUGUAUGUAUAAAUAGAAAAGUUAAGGUAACUUGAUUAAAACAAAAAUUUCGAUGAAGUAUUUUUACUUUAAAAAAGUUACACAAUGAUUAUAUUGUCAGUAUACCUUACAAAAACAAUGAUUUCAUAUGCUUGAAAAAUUCCUUUGCUCCACUUUCUUUGUGAACUAAAAUUAAAUACAUUAAGAACCAGAGUAUUUUUAAAGGAAAUAAUCAGCUGCAUGUUUCUUCAUAGGCAUUCCUCUAUUUUCUUGUGGGGCAGCCUCAAAUAUUGUGAAAUCUCUUUGGAGUGUCUCGCUAAGUUCUAAUAUUGCGGCAACAUUACCACAUCUAAUAAAAAAAAAUUAAAAAAAAAAAAACAAUAUAUAUAUAAAUAUUAAAUAUAACAUAUUUAAUAAAUGAAUCAACGAUUAUGUUGACACUUGCGGUAUAUGUUGACAUUUACCGAUAACAGUAAUUGGGUGCCGACCAUACAGUAAGUACGGUUUCGUCAAAAUGCCAUUUAUAUCCUUCCAUGACUAGUUGAUGAGCUCGACAAAUAAUAUCUAUAUCAUUAGUAGUAUUAAAUUGGGAGACAACAUCAGAACCAAAUAGGUAGCCUGCACCUCGAGGACUGACACCCCAUCCUUGAGUGUCUGCAAAAUUGUUUUAUGUUUUAUGACUACUGAUGACCAACUAUUAUUAACUCGCAUUAGCUCACUUUCAGGAUCUGACCAUAAUAAAUCGCACAUAGGACCAUCGUGAGGAACUUCUUGUUUUCUAUCAAUAGUUCUAAUUUGAUCCAAAGUUUGUAUCGAAGGGGAUAAACCACCAUGUACACAAAAUAUCUAAUUAAUAAAAUAAUAAAAAUAAAUUAAAACAGAACCAUAAAGAAAAAAAGAAAAAUGUACUUUUCCAUCGAUAAUGGCAGAUAAGCUCAGGUAAUCAAAAAUUUCAGUACAAUAACGCCAAACAGCGACACUAUUAUAUUUUCGUAGGCAUUCGUCAUAAAAGCCAUAGACUUGAGUAAUUUGUCGCGACUCAUGAUUACCACGUAUUAAUGUUAUUCGAUCAGGAUACCUCACCUAUAAA